AAUAUCAACACCCCCAAUGACUUCAUCCUCUUCUGGACAACAUUUAAAAAGAAAUUUAAAUAUACAGCCAACAAAACACUUACCAGAUAAAAUAAAAUUAAGUAAAAAGCCCCCAACAAGAAUAAAAAGUAAAGAAAGGCAACAAACAGCAAUUCAAGUUGAUGUUGGAAAUGUUCACAGAGAUAAUAAACGUUUGGGUGAAAAUAGACGACCAAAAAUUAUAAGAAUAGAAAAGCCUCGACAAGAAAUUUGUGCCCCUCUUAAAUGGUUUUGCUUUUUUAUCAAUUUUUGUAUUUUUUUGGUCUCUGUUGCUUGCCUAGCAUUAGGCCUGUAUUUAUUUGUAAAUGCUCCAAGAUCCAUAUCAGAACCAGCAGAUGUAUUACUAAAUCCUGCAGUGCUUCUUGCCUCUAUUGGCUUAAUUUCGGGUUUUGUUUCGAUUUUUGGAAUGUUUGGUGCACUCAGGGAUAAUGUGUUUUUACUUAAAUUGUUUUAUUCCGAUGUUUCUGGUGAAUCCUCAACAUUUAUAUCUAUUCAAUCUGUGCUUUUACACUCAAUCGCUCGAUAUCAUUCCAAUAAAAAUUAUGCUGAUUUUAUAGAUUAUCUUCAAGAACAACUUGAAUGUUGUGGGAGCACAACUUUCCACGAUUGGCAAUUUAGUGAACAAUUUAAAUGUAACGCUUCAAAUCCAUAUCCCGAACGUUGUGGAGUGCCAUAUUCUUGUUGUAGAAAAUCUGUGGUUUCUAGAGCGGGUGCCGGUGAAGUUAACCCUCUCACACCUGCAAUUCGCUCAAUUCAGUGUUGGCAAAAUGCUCAGAAGAAGAGGGAACAGGAAUUAGAUUCUGAUAUUUAUGUUCUUGGAUGUCUUCAGCCAUUACGCACAUUAUUUGAUUCACAUGCUUUACAUAUUGGAAUGAUUGUACUUUCUAUUAUAUUCCCAGUGGUUUGUUUUGAGUUAAUUUAA